AUGCCUGCCGUCAAGAUCAUCAAUGACGACGCCUCCAUCGCAUCAACCCUAACCUCGUCGACGGCCAGCGACACCCCCCGCCGCCGCAAACCCAGCGUGCGAAAACGAGACAUACGUCUCCAGCCCGACGACAAAGAUAAAGACAAAGAGCAGAGGACAAAAUCGCUGCACCGCCAGCGCACCAUCGAUAACAUCGCAACAUGGGUGUCCCGCCGCGUGUCUGUCCGCAGCCUCAGCGCACGCAAGACCCGCGCCGGCUACAGAGAUACAGAUUCUGAAUCGUACUACUCGGCGCCGUGUACCGACACCGACGAUGAGGGUCUGGCUGACUCGUACGCGGCGUUCUGUCGCGCCUUCACGGCGGGGCAUUCAGAGUACAACUACCACGAGCACUACCACCAGCGUCGCAGCCACAGCGGGUCGUACCGCGAACGGCGUUCUCGUCUUCGCGCCGGGGACUGUGAGGGCUUCAGAGAGGACGGGGAGCUGCCAGACGAGGAGGAUGGCCCCGUGGGCUCAUUCCGGAUGCAGCAAGACCGAGCGCUCGACGCUGCGGCGCAUUCUACAGCCGAGGGGUCUUCUCUCAGGGACAGGCUUGGGGAACGUUCUCAAUUACACCUAGCGGUUCGUGCAUCUGACGAGGAUCACGAUCCCCACUUGGCGCAGUCUAGUCCGCUCGGCGCAUACGAUUAUGCAUCUCUCCCUCCGCCACCUAUCUCACCGCCGCCGCGGAUCCUCACUCCUGCGAUCUAUGCGGAGACCCAAAGGGCGGCGGCACAGGAACGGCAAUGGACACAAUCCCGAGAGAAACAUCCGAUGGAGAAGGACUCGCAAUAUGGGCGAGGGUGGAAAGGGUUCCGCGGCUGGUGGAGAGGGAAACGAAUGGCUUGCUGGUAA